AUGUCCAGGGAAGAAGUUGCGAAAAAGGAGGUGCUUUCCUCGGUCACCGAGACCAUCAACGCCCCGAUCGAAGAAGUAUGGCCAUAUGUCGCGGCAAUCGGAACGGAGAAGCUGUGGAUCCUCGGCUGCUUUCGGUCGGCACUCGUUAGCGGUUCCGGCAAGGGCGCGGUCCGCAAGAUGCACUUCAACCAUGGCAUAUUCACGGAACGCAUCGAGGACUGCGAUCACGAGACAUACCGUUUUGUAUACCGCGUCCUUGAGCCCCAUCCUUUGCCUGGACAGGAUCCGGUCGGCAUCAUUCAGCUCGAGCGUGAUGGCACGAGCAACGAGCACACGAAGUUCACGUGGACCGGUACAGCAGACAGAUGGGAUGCAGAAUUGAAGCCUCUAGCCAGGGAACUUGCAAGGAGGACACAUCUUACUUCGAUCGCGACAAUUAGGAAA